AUGAUUCACUUAUCUGCCGGCGAACUUUUGCGGAAGGAAAUGAAUUCGCCGAAUUCAAAGGUCGCGGCUGAAAUCGAGUCGUACAUGAAGGCGGGCACAAUAGUUCCUGUUGCCAUCACCUGUUCUCUCCUUCAUAAAGCUAUGUUAGAAGGCUACAGCAGCCAGAAGUGUGUCAACUACCUAGUGGACGGUUUCCCUCGCAAUGAAGACAAUAAAUCGGGAUGGGAGGCCUCCAUGAGUGAUAAGACUAAAGUCCUUCAAGUCGUUGUCCUCGAUUGUCCAGAUAACGUUUGCAUUGACCGAUGUCUUCGGCGUGGCUCCGGUCGAAUUGAUGAUAACGAAAAGACACUGAAAAAUAGCGGUAUUGGUAAAAAUCGUGUUUUACAGCCCUCACAUUUUAACGUGUUCACUACCGUCACAUCCGCCCUCGAUCCACCCCAGCCAUCUGCGGCGCAACCUAGCCACCGAAGCUGCAGAAGGUACGAGGGCAUCGACCACGUCCAUGGCAGUGACGGUCUUGCGUUUCGCGUGUUCAUUGUGUGUGUGUGUGACAGCGCUGUGCAAGACCAUGAACACGCCGCGGGUCUCCUUGUGGAUGAGCUUAGCGAUGUAUUUCACGCCAUUACGGCGUACCAGACAUCACUCGUGCAAUUCAAGACCGAGGGACUGCCAGUGAUCGAGUACUACACGCAAAAGGGGCUAGUGACCCACAUCGAUGGUAGUAAAUCGAAGGAGGAGGUCAUUGACGAGGUCAAGGCUGCUCUCAAUCCAAUCUGUUGGGUUUCUCUUUUUGUGGAGGGUCUUCUUCCGGGUUGUCUAGGUUCUCAGCGUGGCGACGUUGGGUCAAGUGCCGGCCGGUCAUCGAUGUUCGAGGGGGGUGGGAGGCUGGUGUCUUGGAUGACGAUUCGAGGAAGUAUCCGGGUAUGCGUUAGGGUGGGUCUCCUCUUGUUUGUCGUUAUCUUUGCACUAGCCUGUAGUUGUUCCAUUUCGGGUAUCAAGGUGAUCAAGUGCCAGCAUCAGAUGCGACAUCGAGCAUUGGAGAUGCGACUUGCUUUCAUGCAUAUUUGUAUUCUUAUACUCUUUCUGGUCUAUCGGUCUAAUGCGGACUGUGUGAUGUUCGGCAUGUGCAACAGCGAACAAUAUUGCCUUGUUAACCAACCACCCGUGUCUGUUCCGGGUAGCACUCUGAAGAAGGUUUGCGGUAUUGACAGCCCCGAUCAAUGCUGCGAUCGAAAACAGUUGAGCGGUUUGGAUGACAAUUUGCUCAUGCUUGGAUUCCUUGUCGGAGACGCAGAUGACAUGACCUGCUACAAUGGAUUGCGGAAGAUCUUCUGUGACAUGACCUGUAGCCCCCACCAGUCGGAGCUUGUUAAGGUCACUGGUCAUAGUGCCGCCGACGGAGCGGUCACAUCAGUCGAUUUUCCUCUCUCACGCGGUAAAGCUCAGGUCAUCUUCGAUGCCUGUGCGGCCAUUGAAGGCGGAUUUACGGGCAGACCAAUCGAAACGAUUUGCCAAACCGAUAACAGUGACUGCGACAUGGAAACCUUUUUCCGCAUACUUGGACUUCCUAAGUCGAGUGGGGGUGAUUCACCCUACAACAUCAACUUCGUCUUCACCGAUGACUUUGCUGACGGCAAUUCCACAACACUGACGCCGAAUCUUCUGCCUGUGAAUGAGGUCGGGGAACCUGCUAUUAGUGAUGGUUUGACCACAGAGGACGAGGUUGGUGGAGGGGCGGCAGGAAUGGUAGGCAAAUCAGAGGAGACGCUGGAGGACAUGGCCCUUCCCCAACGCCUGUUCAAACGUCCAAUGUGGCUGGCGAUGCUAUUGACCUUUUUGGGUUUAACCCUUCUCUUUCUCCUGGGGUUAGUCAUUCGAUGGUGUGUGAAUCGUCAUUCAGAGGACAACACUGUGGCUGGCUCCUAUUCACCCCCCAUUAGCUGCUACUCCAAGGUUGGGGCUACCAUCCAAUUUGGAUCUACAUGGUUAUUCGCUCGCCAAGGAGCUCUAGUGGCUCGAUUUCCACGAGUGACCCUCCUCCUAACCACCAUUUUACUGGCAGUCGCGUGUUGCGGUUUCCUGCGUUUCCGAGUGACCACAGACCCGGUCGAGCUCUGGAGCGAUCCCAAUUCUCGAGCUCGUCUUGAGAAGGCCUACUUCGAUGGACACUUUGGGCCGUUCUACAGGACGGAGCAGAUUAUCAUGCGUCCCGUGAAUGCAACACCCUACGUGCGAAAUGAUCGCACCUUUGGAACCGUCUUUGAUAAGGACUUUCUGAAAUCGGUGCUUGAUCUUCAAACCAAAGUUACCCGAGUGCGAGCCUUUAGUGAAGCGUUGGGGCGCGAGGUGGCGCUGAAUGAUAUUUGCCAUAAACCGCUGGAACCCGCUUCGCAGGAGUGUGGUGUCUUUAGUCCAUUGGAGUACUUCCAGAGCAAUGCAACGUUGCUGGAUGCUGUGGUAGAGGGGAAAGACUACCUGGACCACCUCGUGUUCUGCACCAAACUCAUAAUCGCGGACAAGGGACCUCUGAGUGGGUGUCGUGGACGUGCCGGUGCUCCAAUGUUUGGGAACGUUGUCUUCGGUGGCAUUGAAGACAACGACUACAUGCAGUCGACAGCAGUGGUGAUGACAAUUUUGGUACGGAACUCCGUCGACCACGAUUCGCCGACGGUGUUGAUGGCCAAGGCCUGGGAAAGCGAGUUCAUUCGUACGGUUCUCAAUUGGCGUGCUGCCCAUCCCGAGGUUGUAGUCAGUUUUGCUGCUGAGCGCUCGGUCGAGGACGAAAUUGUUCGGCAAUCUCACUCGGACAUCUCCACUAUUGUCAUCAGUUACACUAUUAUGGUAGUGUACGUCAGCAUUUGCCUUGGCAACUAUCGUGGACUUCAAACGUGUCUCAUCGACCUGAAAAUCUCACUCAGCAUCGGUGGCGUGUCGAUUGUCCUUGCCUCCGUUUUCUCCUCCAUCGGUCUUUGGUCCUACCUCGGUGUGCCCGCCACCCUCAUCAUCAUUGAGGUCAUUCCCUUCCUCGUCCUGGCUGUCGGUGUGGACAACAUCUUCAUCAUGGUGCAGGACUUUCUCAUGCAUGAACAGGAGGAAGUGGACGACGAUGAGGAUGAAGAUGAUGCCUUCGGAAGUCAGGAGAGCAUUGCAAACGGUGCCGACGAUGUUGUGGAAGAGGGUGUGGCGAGUUCUGGUGGUGGUUGUGUCGGUGGUGGCGUUGGUGGAUGUGUUGGUGGAAAGGUGAGAAGACAACGGUGUCGGCGACGACGACGACGACAAGAUGAUGGUGUGGACAACGGUGAGGUGGGAAAACGUCUUGCUGGUCGCGCACCUGUGGAGGCACGCAUUGCCAAGACUAUGGGCCGUGUGGGUCCAUCCAUGUUCCUCUCAAGUCUGGCAGAAUCUGUCGCUUUCUUCUGUGGUGCUAUGACAGACAUGCCUGCUGUUCGUGUGUUCGCCCUCUACGCCGGUGUAGCCAUUGUUAUCAACUUUGUCCUACAAAUCUUCGCCUUCACGGCCCUCCUCACUCUAGACGCGAGGCGCUUGGAGAGUUCCGCCUUCCUUUCAAAUGGGUCCGUCAACCGCGCCACCACAGCGAUUACAGUGAAUGCGAGUCUGAAGACAGGUAGCGAAAGGUUUGGAGAUGGCGUUGGGGCUCCUCUUGAAGCCGUAGCAUAUGAAAGCCUUGAUUUGGCUUUAAUACGGUCACAUUUGGAUGAGGGAAAGACGGAUUGGAUGGAUGGACGCGCGGGCGGGCGGGCGGGCCGGCGGUUAGAUGAAUGGAUGAGGGAAGAGGCGGAUGGAUGGGCCAACCGACUGGACCUCUGCUGUUGUGUGGAGAUGGUGAUGCCAAGUGAAAGUCUCACGGACGAGGAGGAUUCGAUGCCGGAGACCGAAAACCUAGGAAAACGGCGCAAAAACAAAAGAAAGAGCGACCGACCCUGGCUGUACCGCUUCGUGGCACACGUGCUGGCGCCUUUCAUCCUCUCCAAGUGGGUGCGGGCCCUCCUCUUCAUCCUCUUCCUGGGUUGGAUAUGCUUCUGCAUUGCCAUAAUCCCUGGUGGUAUUCACAUCGGGCUGGACCAGAAGCUGUCCAUGUCGUUGGACUCCUACGUGCUGGAGUACUUUGAAGCCACAUCCGGCCUGCUGGCGGUGGGACCGCCAGUUUACUUUGUCGUCACUGAGGGCCACAGCUUCGAUUCGGUCCAUGGACAGAACCAGAUCUGCUCGCGACCCGGUUGUGAUGAGGAUUCACUUGUGAAUACACUGAAACAGAGCAUUGCCAGCAAGGAAUACUGCAUCUCAAAUCCCUUGAUGUCCUGGGUGGAUGACUACAGGAUGUGGAGCACGCACCUUUCCUGCUGCGGAGUCCACAAAACCGAAGGUGGCCUGACCUUCUGUGACUCGGCUCGUGAGCAGAACUGCGAUUACUGUCCUACCAUCAAUGGUGCCCUCUCUGGAAAACCCUUCAAUCAACUUCUGCCCAACUUCCUUGCUCGUGUGCCCAGCAUCAAUUGCCCUUAUGGUGGCAAAGCGCAGCAUGGUUCUGCAGUGGUUCUCGCUGCAUCCCAUCCUCACUCCAAUUUCACCGCCACUUCCACGCAGCAGUUACGUGUGCUAACCUCCCAUUUCGCCGCCCAUCACAGCAUUCUGCGCACCACAGAAGACUUCAUUGAGGCCAUCCGAAAGGCCCGUGAAAUCUCCGACAUCUUUGGACCUCGAUGGGCCAAUGAGUCGUCGAUGGCGAUAGAAACCACACCGAUGUUCUCUAAACUCACCUCCAAGCCGCGUGGACCACAGCCCAACUCGGUUUUCCCUUAUAGCGUAUUCUACGUGUUCUACGAGCAGUAUCUGAACAUCAUCCACGAGACCAUGGUUCAGAUGUCCAUGGGUCUGAGUGCAGUCUCCGUGAUUACUUGGGUAAUGCUGGGUCUUGAUUUCAUCGCCACGCUGAAUGUUGUGGUGGGAGUGGCGUCCAUUGCGCUCUCAGUGACUGCCAUGAUGGUGCUAUGGGACAUCUCACUGAAUGCCAUCUCACUGGUCAAUCUUGUGGUGUGCAUUGGAAUCUCAGUGGAAUUUUGCGCGCACAUUGUCCGUUCCUUCGCCAUCAGCACCAAGGCGACCCGUGUGGAGCGAGCAUUGGAUGCGCUUUCAGAGAUGGGCAGCUCGGUUCUGCGAGGCAUCACACUGACCAAGUUUGGUGGUAUCGUGGUGCUGGGCUUCGCCAAGUCGCGUCUAUUUCAAGUCUUCUACUUCCGCAUGUACCUGUGCAUGGUCCUCUUCGGUGCUGUAGUUGGCAUCAUAUUCCUACCCGUUCAACUUAGCUACUUCGGUGAGUUGGAAGUGGCAGCCUUUUCUGGCAGUGAUGAACUUAUUACCAACGCGCACAGAGGACAGCAAGACACUGUUGAACAGGAGGUGGCACCUCUGGUACUGUGUGGUGGGACCACAGCUGAAUCGCGCGAUGCUGUACAAGCAAAAGCGACCAGUCGCUGGGAGCAUAAGGAAGAGCUCCCACCGAGGUCAAUACCACACCUAGCCUCCACCACCACUGCUACUGUCGCUGACUCCCUCACCCUAUCGACGUCUUCCAAGCCACCGCUUCCAUUUCGUGCUCUCGUCGAUCUUUCUCCUCCCUCCUCCACGUCUUAUCGAUCUCCGCUCUUUUAA